GUAAGCAUGGGAUGGGUUUGGGGAUGCUUGUUAUAUAAAAAGGACCCGAACCCUCAGAAUCGAUCUCUUAUUAGUGUGCCUGAACCCCGGAAGGACGCUGGUUAAAAUCUGGAUGCUGUGUGAAACUUUGUGACCUGUUAGAGCUCAGGUGCAUUCAGACCAGAGGCAGCGGUGAGGAUGGGAGGUGGAAGCCAGCAGACGGUGCCGGGAGAGCCGGACAGCGGGAAAGCUAAAGGUGUUUACACCUGGGAGGAGGUGCAGAGCCACUGCAGCAGGAAUGAUCAAUGGUUGGUCAUCGAUCGAAAGGUUUACAACAUCACUCAGUGGGCCAAAAGGCAUCCAGGAGGGUUUCAAGUCAUCAGCUACUAUGCUGGAGAGGAUGCCACGGAGGCAUUCACUGCUUUUCAUCCUGAUCCUAAGUUUGUGCAAAAGUUUCUGAAGCCGCUGCUGAUCGGAGAGUUGGCAACGACUGAGCUGAGCCAGGACCGAGACAAAAAUGCAGCCAUCGUGCAGGAUUUCGAAACAUUACGAGCUCAGGUGGAGAAAAGGGGUCUGUUUCGAGCUCAGCCUUUGUUUUUCUUCCUCCACCUCAGUCACAUCCUGCUGCUAGAAGCCCUCGGAUGGCUGACCGUCUGGAUGUGGGGCACAGGCUGGAUACAAACACUUGUGUGCUCUGUGUUUCUCGCAACCGCUCAGGCACAGGCUGGAUGGCUGCAGCAUGACUUUGGUCACCUGUCUGUCUUCAAAAAGUCCAGCUGGAAUCACCUCGCCCACAAGUUUGUCAUUGGUCAUUUAAAGGGAGCUUCUUCCAACUGGUGGAAUCACAGACAUUUCAGGCAUCACGCUAAACCCAACAUCUUCAUUAAAGACCCGGAUAUCAACACGUUGCACCUCUUCGUACUUGGCCGAACUCAACCAGUGGAAUACGGGAUAAAGAAGAUCAAACACAUGCCUUACAAUCGUCAACACAAGUACUUCUUUCUUGUGGGACCACCGCUGAUCAUUCCAGUUUUCUUCAACAUUCAUGUAAUGCAGACCAUGGUAUCCCGGCGUGACUGGGUGGUAAGCUGUGUAGUAUAUUAGAUUUCAUAUAGGCAUUUUCCAUUUGAUUUGUCAGAUUGAAUUUUGUAUUUGAGCUUACAGUAUUUAAGAGAAACAUUACAGCAAA